GGGUUUUUUUUUUUACCACCAGUUUACUUCUAUGUGAAGACUUGGAGAUUCUGGGAUGGUAAAGAAUCACAACUAAAACAUUUGUUUUUGUGUGUGUUUAAGGUUUAUUGAGCUAUAGCCUGUGCUUAUCUAUUAUAUGUAUAUAUUAUAUUGAUACAGCCAAGGUGUGUGCUGAGAAAAAUAUAAUUUGGGUGUUUUGAAUGAAGAACAAGUGUUAGAUAUUUAGUAGAAAAAAUACAAAUUGAUAGAUUUAUAAUGUUAAAAAAUUAAAGGCCUACAGACUAAACCCAUUUUUUUAAGUGUUUCACAAUGGAAAAUGUGACAUUCAAUAGCCCUUACUUGCAUUUGGAAGGAGUAAUUGUUUCCGAACAAACACUGUAUCCUGCAUUUCUGUUCUUCCUGUUUGUCUACGCGUUCAUCAUGGUCUCCAACCUCGGAAUCGUCCUGAUUAUAAUAAUGGAAAAAAAUCUACAUGAACCUAUGUACAUUCUCUUCUGCAGUCUUCCCUUAAACGAUGCAUUUGGAAACUCUGUCAUUGUGCCUCGGAUGCUGGUGGACAUUUUUAAACCAUACUCUGAACGCUACAUCAGUUAUGUUGAAUGUGUUUCUCAAGCUUUCUGCUUCCACAUGUAUCUUGCAGCCUCUCACACUAUAUUAAUGGCUAUGGCAUUUGACAGAUAUGUUGCUAUAUGUAAUCCUUUGCAUUACACAACCAUAAUGACUCCCAGAAUGGUGGCUAAACUGACUGCAGCAGCCUGGGGAGUGGCGUUUGUCUGUGUCAGUGUAUUAUUAAGUCUCACUAUAAGGCUGAAUCUUUGUGGAACAUCAAUAGUAAACCCAUUCUGUGAUAACGCAUCUCUGUUUAAACUGGCAUGUGAGAGUCCUUAUAUUAAUAAUGUGUAUGGCCUGAUAUAUACAGCGGUUUUACUCGGAUCUUCUUUGUUAUACAUUAUUAUUACAUAUGCCAAAAUUACAGCAGUCUGCCUGACUACAAAAAACAAAACCCUGAACAGCAAGGCUUUGAAAACCUGUAGCACACACUUGACUGUUUUUUUGAUCAUGUGGUUAUCUGGGUUUAUUAUGAUCAUACUCCAUCGUUUUUCUGGUUACGCAGACUACAGGAAGGGGGCUGCUGUGCUCUUUCACAUCGGGCCAGGCAUUCUGAACCCUAUCAUAUAUGCACUGCAGUCUGGUGAGAUCAGAAAUGUCAUACUGAAGAUCCUACGCUCAAAAAGAGUGAUGCCAUAACUAGACACUUUAUGCACGAACAGACCAAGAAUUACCAUCUGCUGUCUAAUAGUUUGAUAUAUAUGCUGUCCACAUUACAUGUGAUUCUGAUAGGUUACUCUAUUACUAAGUGUAUCAAACAGAUAAUACUGUCACUUCUGAAGCAAUCUGCAAGUUUACUUGCAAGAAAAUGUAUUUUUGAAUAUUAUUUAACAUUAUUUUUCAUGUUAAUUUACUUCCUUGUACAUUUCAAGUGUCUCAAAACCUAAAACCCAAAACCCGAAGUAUCCAUAAUAUUCUACUUCUGCUGAAGCUGGUUUAGUAUAGGCCACUUUUUUGUUUUCAUAAAUUUUGUCUUUCUUUGUUUGUAGUUUCAUUUGACAUGUUUCUUAACCAUUAACUCUAACCACUCCACAGUGGUGGUUCAGUAGUUAGAGCACUGGGUUAAUAAUCUUAAGGUGGUGGAUUUGAUAUCCUGGGUCCACUAAGCCUCCAUUGUUAAGUAUUUGAGCAAGGCCCUUAACCUGAUCUUAUCUUAUCUAAGGGCACAAUGACAGGCUGACCCAGGCUUUCUGAUGUAAGAUAUGUGAAGGAAGGCUUUUACCGCACUGUACAUGUAAAAAUGAAAAUAAAGAAAUGUUGUUAUUAUUAUAAAUACUGACAAAUGUUGCAAUACUGUUGUU